AUGGGUCCCGUGGGCGCUGGGUGGCGCGCCACGUGGGUGCUGGCCGGGGGCGUCCUGGUCGCGGCCCUGGCUCUGAGGGCCCCAGGCUGGCUCCCCGCGGGCCCCGGCCCGCUCCAUCACCCCUUCGGCGAGCAGACUCCCCGCACGUUGCCCGCGGCGGGCCAGGUCGGGCCCUGCCCGGGGACCCCUUCGGCACCCAGCGGGGCAGGGCCCGAGCGCAGAGCACAGGGCCUGUUCUGUAGGACGUGGCUGCAUGUGGAGCGCUCUCACCUGAAGACGGCAGAGUUUAACUGCUGUGUUUACUGCCUUUCGCUCCUGUCCUGCUGUGCUUGGCUGUCUUGCAUAGAAGUCCCACUUGGAAUGAAACCCAACAGGAACACCGACGUCCCCAGCCCAGUCCUGACCUCGGCAGCCUCCCCAGGGCUGUGGACUCAUUCCUUAUUUGCCUUCGCACCUUCCUGGCCCAAGAGGAACCUCUUUAAAAGAGAGUCUGCUGUAACGCCCCACCUGUAUGGAGAUAUUUCAAGACAAGUUCAAGGGACUUCAGAGAAUGGAGUAAUUUUUCAGAAAUGUGCGCUGGUGUCGGGGCAGAGUGAAUCACAGACAGUGCUCAUUCACCUGUUCGUGAACAACACCAAGACGCCCUCGUCAGCCAACCUCUCAGAACUGCUCGUGCUGGAUGACAUCACAGGCCUCACCCUCAGGGAGUCGGUCGGGAACAAGACCCAGGAUGGAUUCCAGGCUUUCAGAAAGAAGUUUCUGCAAGUUGGAGACUCCUACUGGGUGACCUACACGGCCUCGCUGGACUCGGAAGCAGUGGGGACGGGAGAGAGGCUGACCCUUCCUGCCCAGCUCACCUUUCAGAGCUCCUCACCGAACAGGACACAGCUGAAAGCCCUUCUUACCAUAACAGCAGAAGAGAAGGUAACGGUUCUACCCAACCAUGGUCUCCACGCAGCGGCCUUCUUCACUGCCUUCCUGGUCUCCCUGGCACUGAGCUGGACGGUACUCUUCUUCUUCACGCGAUACCAGUGUCUGCAGGGAGGUGUGCUGGCCAGACGUGGGGUUCAGCGAGCCGAGAGCAAGUUGGAGCCCUCGCCUUUCACCUCGGCGGGCGGAGUGAAUGAGGACCUUUCCCUCAAUGACCAGAUGGUGGACAUCCUGACUUCCGAGGACCCCGGGAGUAUGCUGCAGGCCUUAGAGGAGCUGGAGAUCGCAACCCUGAACCAGGCAGAUGCAGAUCUGGAGGCCUGUCGCACCCAAAUCAGCAAGGACAUCAUUGCCCUUCUGCUGAGGAGUCUGACCAGUGGCGGCCACCUUUCCCCCCAGGCGGAGAGAAGGAUGGCUCUUGUUUUCAGAAAGCAGUUUCUACUCCUGGAAAAGGAAGUACAAGAGGAGUAUGACCGGAAGAUGUUGGCCUUGACAGCUGAGUGUGACCUGGAAACUAAAAAGAAGACAGAAAACCAGUAUCAGAGGGAGAUGUUGGCGACGGAGGAAGUAGAGGAGUUGCUGAAGCGUGUGAGCGAGCGGUCUGCUGCCGAGUGCCGGGGCCUGCUGCGGACCCUCCACGGCCUGGAGGAGGAGCACCUGAGGAGCGCCCUGGCUUUGCACCAGGGGGAGGACUUCGCACAGGCUCACAGGCAGCUGGCCAUUUUCCAGAGAAACGAGUUGCACGGUAUCUUUUUUGCCCAGAUAAAAAGUGCUAUUUUGAAAGGGGACCUGAAGCCAGAGGCCGCUAAAAUGCUGCUUCAAGAUUAUUCUAAACUGCAGGAGAAUGUGGAAGAGCUGAUGGAUUUCUUCCAGGCUACUAAGAGGUAUCAUCUAAGUAAAAGGUUUGGCCACAGGGAGUACCUGGUUCAGAACCUGCAGUGCAUGGAGACCCGAGUGCAAGGCCUUCUGAGCACCGCAGCUGCGCAGCUGACCCAGCUCAUCCAGAAACAUGAGAGGGCGGGGUACCUGGACGAAGACCAGAUGGAAGUGCUCCUGGAGCGGGCUCAGACGGAAGUCUUUUCUAUAAAACAGAAGUUGGAAAACGACUUAAAGCAGGAAAAGAAAAAGCUCCACCAAAAGUUGGUGACCAAGAGAAGGCGAGAGUUGCUUCAGAAGCACAAGGAGCAGCGGAGACAGCAGCUGUCCACCGGAGAAGCCCUCCGGGCUGCUGAAGACGCCGGCCAGUACCUGGGCCAGUGGAGGAGCAUGGUGGCCGAGCACAGCGGCGCCCUGGAGGAGCUGCAGGAGGGCCUGGACCAGGCCGCCCUGGACGACCUGCGGGCCCUGACCCUGGCGCUGUCGGAGAAGGCCACCGAGGCGCUGCGGCGCCUGCAGAGCUCGGGGAUGACGCAGGAGCUGCUCAAGCGCAGCGUGCCCUGGCUCUUCCUGCAGCGGAUCCUGGAGGAGCACGGCCAGGAGUCGGCCGCCCGCGCCGCGCAGCUGGAGGCCGAGGAGAGGGAGCGGGGCCAGGAGGGCGUCCGGAGCGUGAGGCAGAGGCUGCAGGAGGACGCCCCGGAGGCCUCGGUGGAGGAGCAGGCGGAGCUGAGGUGCUGGGAGCGCCUGAUCUUCCUGCGGCUCUGCUGCUCGGCCUUCUCACUGUCUGAAGAGGAGCUGCUCAGGAUGAGGCAGGAGGUCCACGGCUGCUUCGCCCAGAUGGACAGGAGCUUGGCCCUACCCAAAAUCCGGGCCCGAGUCCUGCUGCAGAGAUUCCAGACCUCCUGGCGGGAAGCAGAGGUCCUGAAGCUGGACCAGGCCCUGGCUGCACCCGAGCUGCAGUCCAAGGCAAGGAAGCCGCGGUCCAAGAGUAAAAGCAAGGUAGACCUUUUGAAGAAGUGCAUUGAAGACAAGAUUCGCCUCUUUGAGGAACAGGCUCCUGAGGACCUGGUAGAAAAGGUGCGAGGGGAGCUGCUGCGGGAGAGGGUGCAGCGGCUGGAGGCCCAGGAGGGACGCUUCGCGGAGUCGCUGGUUGCUGUGCAGUUCCAGAAGGCGGCGCGGGCCACCGAGACCCUGUCGGCCUUCACCGCCCUGCUCAGCAUCCAAGGUCUGCUGCUGGAGGAGCUGAGGGAGUCGGAGACACUGAGCCAGGCGGCUUGCGGCCAGAUCCUGCAGUCCCACAGCCCGGAGCUGCAGGACCUGGACAGGAGGCUGGAGGACCAAGUGGCCCAGCAGGAGGCAGCCCAGCAGCAGCAGGCCCUGGCCAGCUGGCAGCACUGGGUGGCUGGGGGGCCCGGGCUCCUGAGCGAGCCUGGGGAGGAGGACUCUGACAGGCCCAUCUCCGCCGUCCUGCAGCAGGCCCUGGGCAAGGGCCAGAAGUUACUGGAUCUCCACCAGCAAAGUUGGAGACAAGAGCAGCAGGACAGCGCUGUGCUGGAGGAUCUGCUGGAGAACAUGGAGACGGACACCUUCGUGACCCUGUGCGGCCAGGAGUUGAGGCUGGCGUCGUACCUCUGCAAGAUGGCGAUGGUGCCCGGGGCCACGCUGUGCCGCCUCCUGAGUGUGCUGCUGCCCGCGGGCUCCCAGCCCCAGCUGCUGGCCCUGCUGGAUUCGGUCAGUGAGAAGCACUCGGACCGUGCAGCAGACCACGAGGGCAGGGAGCAGGCCGACCCUGGCAGGAGGAGGAAACACCAGGCCUGGUGGCAAGCCCUGGAGAGGAAGCUGCGAGGUGAUCUGAUGGCCAGGGGCCUGGAGAAGGUGCGCUGGGCCCAACAGAGGAAGGCGAGCAUAUUAAAGAAGACGUAUGUCCCCAUCAGGGAGAGGAUGGCGUUCUGCGGAGAAGGCUGGCCGCACCUGUCCUUGGAGACCAUUGGCGAACCGGCCCCUGUCCCCAUCCUAGGUGCUGAAGCCCUCGACGUGUUAAACACAGGCGAAAAGCUCUUCAUAUUCAGAAACCCCAAGGACCCGGACAUCUCUCUGCACAUCCCUCCCAGGAGGAAGAAGAACUUCCUGAACGCCAAGAAGGCCAGCAGGGCCCUGGGCUUGGACUAA